AUGUUGAACGCGCCCCAACGACGAGACACUGAAGUGGAUUCGAUUUUGAAAUGUCUGCAAUGUGGUCGAACAUUCCAAACGAUGGAAAUGCUGGUCAGGCACAUGCAAGACACUCAACACUUCAAUAAUCUUCCAAAAACCUACAGCUCUUUGAUCCAGAUGGACCGUCAAAAAGUGCUGAAUCUCAAACUCCAGAUGAAAUCCGAUGGGAUUCCCACAAACAUCGACAAACAUCUGAAGGAAGUCCACGAUGUGAAAACGAGUUCCGACUGGCUGAAGAAUAUCCGGAUCGUCAGAGAUGGAGAGAGUCCGGUUUCGCCACUGCCAGCCUCAACGCAUGCGCCGGCCAAUCCGGGCCGCCAUCUCAACAAACUGAUGUCACUAAUUAAUACGGUUGAUAAGAAGUGA